AUGAGCGAGCCUGCUGGAGCCGGUUCCGGACCAGUACGCCAUACAGGGGGAUCCCGUUCCGCCAUCAGACAUAUGGAUGUGUUGGCUGACGAGCUCGGCCGCAAGCCUAUCGCAACGGAGCUGUAUACUCGGGUGCACUCCACUAAAGCUGAUAAGGGUGUCAUGGUCUACAAGAGGGCCCAGGACAUGAGUGAUGCAAUUGCGCAGAGACUUGCUGUUGCAUCACAGCCGCCGACCGGAGAUGGGGGUUCUUCUAGCACAGCGGAAGUCGACGAGACCCAGCUAUUUCUGGAUAUCGAGGGCGUCAACAAGAAGCGGCGUGUCUACGGGUUGGGUUCGGCGACUAGUGCGUACGUGGAUACGACGACGUCUAGUAGGGCGAGGUCCAGGUCCACACAGUCACAGCGAACUGAGGAGGAGAUCGAGCGGCGUGUGAAGGCAGGGAUUCAGGAUGGACUGCGCCAGAUUACCACCGAGGUGGAGGAUCUCCGUGCCCAGCAGGCGAGAGCCAAUGAGAGGAUGGCCGAGAUUAUUUAG